CAGGAAUUCAAUGUUGGGAUAAUGUUACAGUGACGUUGCAGUAGUAACGCUGCAAUAGCAAUGCAGUAUUACUAUAGCAGUAUGGACCCGUAACGGCCGCGGAAGCGCAGCGGUGGCGCCAAACGACACGAGAGCGCGCGCCCACAGUCAGCGUGCGCAGAGAAUACGACACGGACCGCGCGCAACGGCAGGGUGGCGCGCGCCGGGAAUCGGAGCGUUCCACACGUGGGAGACCUGCAACUCGCGCAUUGUGCCUGCGCGGGGCGCGUGUCGCGCACACGUCACUUUCUUUUUUUCGUGUUGCCGUAACGACUAAGCAAAGGCAGCGAGCGGGAGAGUUUGACAGGAAGCGCUGUAAUAGCGCGGCGCUCCGGCUGCGCGCGCGCACCGCUCCACUACUGUACGGCGUGAAGAUCCCGCGGGCGGACGCGCGCGCCGCAGCUCCUCCGGGCGAACAGCCGAAAUACAGAAAUAAAGAGCCCGUGAAUGCGAAGAGCAGCGCGAGAGCAGAAGUUCCGGCGCACUCGGCGAUACUGAAAAAAAGUCGACCCGUAUAACGAAGAGCGGACGGUGCACUUAGAAACAGUUUUUCAAUGCGCCCUGGCGGCCCCUGUCGGAAGCUCACAGCAGAACCAUGAGGAGGAGCCAGUAUCUCUGGGUGCUGCUGCUGCUGCUUUCGCUGUCUACCCAGGACGCCGGUUGCGAUGAGACGGUGAGCUCCAUGCUGUCGGAGGUACAGUCCGGCAUGGACCCCAAGUUGUCCCGAAAACAGAUCCUGUCAGCGCAGUUCGAGUGUUACCUGAAGAUCAUCAGUGACCCCCCGCACCAUGGCAAAGGUUCCUACUGCAACCGCACGUGGGACGGCUGGCUUUGCUGGGGUGACUCUUCUCCAGGCACUGUCAUACAGUUCUGCCCUGCGUACUUCCAGGACUUUGACCCAUUAGAAAAGGUGACCAAAGUGUGCAACUCUGAUGGCGAAUGGUUCCGGCAUCCCGAGAGCAACCGCAUUUGGUCCAACUACACUCUGUGCACCGCAUAUACCAAGGAGAAACUGACGCAAGCCUACACCUUGUACUACCUGGCUGUCGUUGGCCACGGCCUGUCCAUGGUGUCUCUACUCAUCUCCCUCUUCAUCUUCUUCUAUUUCAAGAGCUUGAGCUGCCAGAGGAUAUCUCUACACAAGAAUUUGUUCAUCUCCUUCAUCCUCAACUCCAUCUGCACUGUCAUCUGGCUGUCAAAUGUAACCAACCACCAAAAACUGAUGGACAGCAACGCGACAGCAUGCAAAGUGUUGUCCUUUCUGAUCCUGUACACUUUGGGCACCAACUAUUUCUGGAUGCUUUGUGAGGGCAUCUACCUGCAUACCCUCAUCAUUGUGGCUGUAUUCGUUGGCGAGCAGCACCUGGACUGGUAUUACAUCCUGGGCUGGGGCUUCCCCAUCAUUCCCACUGUGACACAUGCUGUGGCUCGAUGGCUCUUCUACAAUGACAAGUGCUGGAUCAGCUCAGACACUGCACUGCUGUACAUCAUCCACGGGCCCAUCCACGCUGCCUUGGUGGUGAACCUGAUCUUUCUGCUUAACAUCGUGCGAGUCCUGAUUACUAAACUCAAGGUGACCCACAGCGCCCAGUCCAACGCCUACAUGAAGGCAGUGCGGGCUACUCUCAUCCUGGUGCCGCUGCUGGGUGUGCAGUUUGUCCUUGUACCCUGGCAGCCUAAAGAGCCUAUUGCUAAGCCCGUCUACGAGUUCAUCAUGCACAUCUUCAUGCACUUCCAGGGGCUCCUGGUUGCAGUCAUAUUCUGCUUCUUCAAUGGGGAGGUGCAGGCGGUACUGAAACGUCACUGGAAGCAGUACCGAACCCAGUCCGGCAGGCGGCUCGUUACCAGCGACUCCCACUCCAACUACCACACCAACUCGGUCACCGAGAUGAGCCGUGCCAGCAUCAGUCUCAAGACGGGCCUUCCUGACUUCACCUCCGAGAAGCUGCAGUCCUCUGAGGCUGUCAAGCAGGCCAACGGGCAAAGCAAUGGCAAACACUGCUCCAAUGGGGACCGGGGGGCCCUCCGUACCCUGGAGACAUCUGUCAUCUGAGCAGGGGUCCUGACGCGGGACAGGGGGGUAUUCAUGUGUCCACCACACACACACACACACACACACACACACACACACACACAAAACGUUGAUUUUACCAUGCAUUGUUAACACCCCAGCAGCAACACAGCUCAUCUUGAGACAGUAUUACUGUUAGGAACAUGCAGUGAGACAUACCCACACACACUAAUAUAUGCACACGCAGAGCAGCUGCCGGCAGUCCACGUACCCUCACUGCCAGAACGUUUGCGUUCAGGGCCGGUUUCACAGCGCACAUGGUUCCGCUGUUCUACUGGGCCAAGCGCUGCUCACGUUUGAAAUAAUCAUGCCCACGUUCUCCUGCGGUCGGACCGGUCCUCCCUGCCUCGGUGUGUCCUCCCGACGGGAAGCGGCACUCGACUGGGUGCCGCAGCCGACCGUGGCAACUCGGGCACCUUCAAGCAGGAACAGACCUGUAGCUAAAAGCACCUGCGAUCUCGCAUGGAGGGAGAUCAGCUGAGCAGUGUUUAAUGUGUUCACCAAAACCUUUUUCGGGCGAUUCCUACUCUUGUACAUAUCAUAUGUUUUCUUAUCUUUGUAAAUGUAUUCCCAUUUCAGAUGGUCAUCUACAUCACGUGCUCGUGAUGGAGCGUGUCCUUUUGUUUUUGCACUGAGCAUGCCUUUGUAAAUGUUCACCUGAGAAACAAACACUCGCACAGAAACACCGCAGCAGCACGCGCCUUCAUUUCACAGACACGCGGUAUCUGCCAGCAAAAACCACGUUGCCGUGGACCAGUAAUGUGCGAGUGUUCCGACGGGGCUUUAUCGCAGCCCCAGACGGAGUUUCUGCCCGCCCCGCUGAAGGGUUCACUGGACAAGAGCGUUGAUGAACAUCAGCGAUGACAAAACCUUUGAUCAAAGCGUAAAUGCACUUGUGUUCAAAUACUGUGAAAGACAUAAACCAAAACGUAAGCCUGAUUGUUCCCAAGGAAAGAGAAAUCAAAAAAAAAAAAUUUAAUUAUACUUGAUUUUUUAAAAUGGUUUGAGUGGCUAUGUUUUAGGGAUACAGUAUUAAUACACUGCCUAAUAGCUGUCCGGUAAUUUAUAAUGUAUAACCCAAACAUUCCAUUUGUGAUGGUGAAGGAAUCGUGGACGUGAGAAUGUUAGUUCAUAUUCAUAUGUGACUGAUACAUUACAUAUGUGUUUUUUUUUUUCCAUUUCGUAUUAUGCUUGCACUGAAGGAAGGGGGGGGGAGUUACGAAAUAAACUGAGCUUCAUAAUG